AUGCCUCCGCCCGAGCCCAUGCCCGGCUACGGGCAGCUGCUGCGGCGCGGCUACGGCAGCUUGGCGGCGGCCGUGCGGGGCUGCGGGGACUGCGGCUGGGAGCUGUCGCGGCGGACCUGGGCCGAGAACGCGCACCUGGGCUGGGGCGAGGUGCUGCUCUGCGGGCUCUGCGCCCUGGGCUGGACCGCGCUGCGCCGCGCCGCCGCCCGCAGACUCUUUCGGCCCUUCGGGGAAUGGUGCAACCUGCAGCCGAAAGAUGCUGCCAAGAUGCCUGAGAGUGCCUGGAAGCUGCUUUUCUACACGUUAUCCUGGUCGUACGGCAUCUACCUGCUCUUCUUCACCGACUACCCCUUCUUCUACGACCCGCCGUCUGUCUUUUACGACUGGAAGAAGGGCAUGGACGUGCCCACGGACAUCGCCAUCGCCUACUUGUUGCAGUGCAGCUUCUAUGGGCACUCCAUCUAUGCCACCGCCUACAUGGACACGUGGCGCAAGGACUCGGUUGUCAUGCUUCUCCACCACGUGGUCACCUUGACCCUCAUCGCCUUCUCCUACGCUUUCAGGUACCACAACGUCGGCAUCCUCGUGCUCUUCCUGCACGACGUCAACGACGUGCAGCUGGAGUUCACCAAGCUCAACGUCUACUUCAAGCACCGGGGGGGGGUCUAUCAUCGCCUCAACGACGUCAUCUCCAACAUCGGCUGCCUCACCUUCAGCGUCAGCUGGUUCUGGUUCCGUCUCUACUGGUUUCCCCUCAAGGUGCUCUACGCCACUUGCUACUCCAGCCUCCAGUCGGUCCCUAAUAUCCCCUUCUACUUCUUCUUCAAUGCUCUGCUCCUUGUCCUCACUCUGAUGAACAUCUACUGGUUUCUGUACAUCGUCCUGUUUGUGGCCAAGGUGCUGAUGGGGCAGAUGCAAGAGGUGAACGACGUGCGUGAGUACGACGUGGAAGACGGCAAGAAAACCACAACGGCCAAGAAGAAAGAGGCUGGACUCCAGCUGCCCAGUGCUCUGAAAGAAGGGAUGCACCUGAAGAAUGGACUUGUAAAAGACAAGCGGUUAUAA